AUGACGGCUGAGAAGCCAGCGGCGGCCGCCAAGAAGCUUCAAGCCGUGGGCCAGGAGACUCUGGCGGAGGACAGCCAGGACAGCCUGGCGCGCUACAACACCAUCAUGGUGACCGUGAUCCUGGCCAUUUUCUCACUCUGCGUCAUGGUUACCACUGAGGGUGCUAUACAGGAGCUGAGAGCCGGCGACUUUUUCUGCAAGCUGGACGGAACGCUGACCUGCCAGAAUUACACUGUGCGCUGUGUCGGAGAGGGCUUCAUCAACUGCGACGGUCCGAGCAGCACACGCGAGUCGGCCACCUUGGUGCUGAAGAUGAUGACAUCCGAGUCAGACUUUACCGAUCAGUUUCCCGACCUCCUCGCCUACCUCCAAUCGCUGGUGACCGCUGGUACGAAAACCAACGACUCCAUGGAUACAGGGGACGUCGUCGUCUUCCCCAAAUCUUCGACAACAUCUGGUGGAGGAUUUGACCUUAGCCAGCCAGCCAAACCUUCAGCGAAGACUGGAGGAUUUGAUCUCAGCCAGCCAGCUAAGGCAACAGUAACGACUGGGGGAUUUGAUCUCAGCCAACCAGCUAAGGUUCCUAUGAAGAGUGGAGGAUUCGAUCUCAGUCAGCCAGCCAAGUAUCCGGCGAAGACAGGAGGAUUUGAUCUUAGUCAGCCUGCCAAGCCAGCAGUGAAGGCAGGAGGAUUUGACCUCAGCCAGCCAGCUAAGGCUCCAGGAAAGACUGGAGGAUUUGAUCUCAGUCAGCCCGCCAAGCCAGCAGUGAAAGCUGGGGGCUUCAAUCUUAGUCAGCCUGCUAAGCCAGCAAUGAAGACUGGAGGAUUUGACCUCAGCCAGCCAGCUAAGGCUCCUGUGAAGACUGGAGGAUUUGACCUCAGUCAGCCUGCUAAGCCAGCAAUGAAGACUGGAGGAUUUGACCUCAGCCAGCCAGCCAAACCUUCUGUGAAGACUGGAGGAUUUGACCUCAGCCAGCCAGCUAAGGCCCCUGUGAAGACUGGAGAAUUUGACCUUAGUCAGCCAGCUAAGGCUCCAGCAGCGACUGGGGGAUUUGACCUCAGUCAACCAGCCAUACCACCAAUGUCGAAAGCUCCGGGCCAGCUCAAUAAAGAGGCGAAAAUGACAACCACCUCCCCAACAUCAGAGACCCUGCUAACUCCCAGCCUUAGGUCGACCCCCACGGCUUCGCCCGACACCCUCAGUGUCACCACCUCCGCUGGUGUGGCCGCGACCACGGGAGCCACCAGCCAGGGAGAACGCCGUCAAAGAGCAGCAGGCCGCGACGACGCAAGGCACCAUAGCAUGCCGAUCAAGAAGAAGGCAGAGAGCGAUGACAAACCUGACGGCGGAGAGGGAGAAAAGAAGAAGACUCUUCUUCGGCAGCUGGACAGUUUGAGGACGCAGCUGGUCGACAACGACAAUGAAACAUUUACCGCCAACUCGUCCACUUCUAAGGCCCUGGACGUGCUGGAGGCGGAGCUGCAGCGUCCCGCCGACUCCGAGGGCACCAGCUGCACCGUCGCCCGGAUGGUCUGCAGCGAACUACCUCCACUCAGCAGCUGCACCGGCACCUCCGCCGGAAAAUGCCAUGAGAAGCAGCCGAUGACUCGGGAGGGGAUGAUGGUCGCCCUGCUCGUGCCCAUCACCAUCACCACCAUCGGCAUCAUGAUCUACGUCCUCUUCUGGAAGCGCGUGGGUAGUCAGGUGGACGUGGAACAGCCGAGUGCCGAGCGCGCCGGAGCCGCCAAAAAGGCAGAGGCCGGCGCCAGCCAGCCGGCCGCCUAGGGCCGCUGGCCGGGCGUGGUCCACCUCAAGACCGGCGGCAGUCGACGGCGCACGCCCGGCCAGCUGCCGUUCGCAUCCGCCGCUCCCGCCGGCGCCCGCGCCUCGCCGGCCACCCGUUGUGCCGGCGCCCACACGCCCCGCGACGGCGCCCUGACGCCCGGCCGCUCCGUGAACGAUGACGCCGAGCCCGUCAGACAGCACUCGGAUGGAGCCCCGUGAGCUCCGGCGCCCGAAAACGUCCCCCUCCCCCGACCUGCUGCACUCAUUGGGUGCUCCCUCGCACUUCGGGGCGCCCCCUCCCCUGAGUUCCAGUAUCCGGAGUGAACGGGCGCACUCGAAGCCACCAAGGUUCAAAGGGUUUCGGGAGUGCCCUACAAUCCGUCAGAACCGUCCAAGACAGAAAGGGGGACACCCGAUGCCCUCAUUGGAACACCAGGAGCGCCUCAGGAAAGCUCUCACCCAUUCACUACAAGGGAGGACGGCCAACUUUGGUCGUUUGCCUAUACGUGGGGUUUGAGGGUCACGUCCUGGUGAUGUCUGGUUGAUAGGAUGCAGGUAACGUCCUGGCUAAGCCCAGUGCGAUGCCGCUGAUUGCUGGGGGUAGCGGUAGCGCGAGGUUGGGUGGGCUGACCUGCGCCGCGUGCUGCGAGGUCAGGUUUGCUUCAGAAAUCAGAAUACGGCUGGUGAGGAUGGUUCGGUAACGACAGGACCGCUGUCCGAAUUGAACAUUAUUUGUCUUGUUCACCGACACGGUUCGAUAUCGUACCCAUGGAGACUUCAAAUGUAUUUGAUGUUAGAUUGAUGUGAAAUGAACACCCUGUGGAGGGUUUGGAAUGAAAGUGCGCACCUAAAGAGGAUGGAAUUAAGACCUCCUCACUAUCCACGCUUAUCCUCAAGGCCUAAGUUAUCGAUAACUG